CUCCAGACUACUCUCUGCUGGUAGAAGCUAGUGAUGGAACAAAUGCUGUUACAGCCACUGUUACAUUGACUGUCACCGACGAGAAUGAUAACGCACCAAUCUUUAAUCCAAAUUCAUACAGUGCCUCUGUAUCCGAGACAUCCGCAGCAGGUGAAACUGUGGCAACUAUGACUGCAUCAGACGCAGAUGAUCCGUCAACAAAUAACUACGGAACAAUUUCAUACACAAUAACAGAUGGAAACACUGAUAGUAGAUUUUCUAUUGAUACUUCAAAUGGUGAAAUAACAACAGCGGUUGCCCUUGACUACGAGGUCGGUACAUCAUACACACUCUAUGUUAAAGCAACAGAUAGUGGCGGAGGGGCAGGGGCAAAGUCUAGUACUGCAGUUGUUACGGUUACUGUUACUCCAGACAAUGAAGCUGACCCCGUGUUCGGAGCUGGACCAUACUCUACAUCAGUUGCUGAAAAUACCGCUGUUGGAACGAGUUUGUUGCAGGUGGUAGCUACGGAUAACGAUGACGGUGACGAUGGUUCCAUAUUCUUUAGUAUGAAUCCACAAGCCAACUUCUAUUUAGACACUUAUACCGGAGAUAUCUUUCUUAAAGCAGCUUUAGACUAUGAAAGCGCCACUUCACACACUUUUGAUGUGGUUGCCCAUGACAGCGGUACCACCCCAAGGAGUACAACAGUAGCGGUGAUUGUUACCGUAACUGACAUAAACGACAUGACACCAUCAUGCACCCCUGUACUACAAACCGUUUCUUUUACCGAAAAUACUGCAGAUGGAACUACUAUUGCGAGUCUGACAUGUUCCGAUGACGAUGAUACCUCUCCAAAUAACGCACUGUCUUAUGCAAUCGUUUCUGUAAACGGUGGAGUGUCUGCGGCGACAUUCGCUGUUAGCGGUUCUGGUGUUUUAACAUUAGACACCGGCCAGAUUUUUGAUUAUGAAACAACAACGACGUACAGUAUUUUGGUGCGUGUUUCUGAUGGUGGUACGACGGUUUUGUCUACCACAGCUACAGUGAAUGUUGAUAUCACUGACUACAAUGAUAACAGUCCUGUAUUUGGUUCUGCAAGCUACGCUUUUUCAUUGUCUGAGACAACAUCUGUAACGUCAUCUGUGUUUGCCGUAUCAGCAUCUGAUUUAGAUACAUCACAAUCUGUGUCUUACAUUUUUAAUCCUACCAGUAGCAAUUUCGGUAUUGAUGCUGGCACUGGCGAUAUUGUAUUAACUGCCAAAAUUGAUUUUGAUACUAUCGGAACAAAUCCUUUUGAUUUAGUUGUCGUGGCUGCAGAUGAUGGAACUGAUCCGAAUGCUCUGUCAGCGACAGUAACAAUUGCCGUUACUGUUCUCGAUGAUAAUGAUGCAACGCCGGUAUUUGUUCCUGCUGUUUAUUCUGCAAGUAUAUCAGAGGAUGAUGGCGUUGGUACAACUGUAACAACAGUGACUGCUAAUGAUGUAGAUGGUGCAGAUACAACAUUGACAUACAGCCUGGUUAAUGCCUUCUCAGUAUUCCAGAUAGAUUCAGGCGGUGUCAUUACCAUACAAAACAAAGCACAAGACUACGAAACGACAAAAAGCUAUACAUUAGUUGUCUACGCGGUUGAUGCUGCUUCUCACACUGGGUCUACAACAGUUCACGUUGAAAUCACCGGAUAUAAUGAAAACAACCCAAUUUUCAGUCCGGCAAGUGCAUCAGUAAAUAUUGACGAAAAUUCCGCCACUGGAUUUGUUGUUAUAGACGUAAAUGCAACCGAUGCUGAUGACGGAGAGGAUGGUAGUAUUACAUAUUCAAUUUCCACAGAGCCUUCCGGCUUUGAAGGCGUAUUGGCAAUAGAUCCAACAACAGGCAUUGUGACAGUUGCCGGUGAUAUAGACAGAGAAGCUGUCACGAAUCCGUUAUCUUUUACAAUGCAAGCAAGUGAUGCUGGUACUUCUCCAGGCGCGUUGACUGGAACAUUUUCGCUGACGCUGACAAUCGAUGACGUCAAUGAUAACACACCGGAAUGCUCAUUAUCCUUGUACAGUGCUAGUAUAGCAGAAAAUGCUGGUGCCAGUACAAGUGUUAGUACUAUUGGCUGUCCUGAUAGUGAUGCAGAUUCUCCAAAUAAAGAUGUUACCUAUUCUAUAGUCGGUGGAAAUGAUGGUAAUUUUGACGUGAAUGGAGCUACUGGAGUAGUAUCCUUGGUGACAACUACCCCAACACUUGACCGGGAGACCGCGCCCACCUAUCAGUUACUUAUACAAGCCGCGGAUGGAGGGACUACAAGUUUAUCUACAACCACUACUUUAACAGUAAUACUGACGGAUGUAAAUGACAACGAUCCAGUGUUUACCAAUCCUGAUGUUUCAUUCAGUAUAGAUGAGAAUCAAGGUGUAGGAACUGUUGUUGGCACAGUUGCAGCAACGGAUCAGGACAGUGGAGAUGCAGGGGCAUUUACAUUCAGUAUCUUCAGCGGAAAUACUGAUACAAACUUAGCUAUUGAUAGCAACACAGGUGACAUAAAGUUGGUGGGUGCAUUGAAUUACGAAACGACCACAUCGUACACUCUUAUCAUUCAUGCAACUGAUAAAAUGGCGACUGUGAGAACAGGCACGGGAACAGUAACCGUUAAUGUGAAUGACGUCAAUGAUGUCACUCCUUCAUGUACACCAGCUGUUCAGACAUUCGAAGUUCAAGAAAAUACGGCAGCCACAACAAAUAUUGGAACUGUCGCGUGUAAUGACGCAGAUUCUGGUGCAAAUGGUGCGAUUUCUUAUGUAAUUUCUACAGUAGAUGGAGUUGCUACAACUACACCAUUCCAGAUUGACAGUACCACUGGAGCCUUUGAUCUGGCAACAGCAACUCUCGAUUACGAAACUGAUCAACAUUUGAUUGUAGUUAUACAUGCAAUUGAUGGAGGUACUCCUGCAUUGACUGGAACUGCUUCUAUUAACGUGAUUGUAACUGAUUUCAACGAACACACACCUUCGUUUACAGCAACGCCAUAUUCACAGACGGUUAUAGAAACUGCGUCCAUCGGUGAUUCCAUUUUUCAAGUCACUGCGUCAGAUUCAGACACUGCUGAUACGUUGAUGUUUUCCAUAAGCCCCAUUAGUACAGUGUUUGAUAUUGAUCCUUCAAAUGGGCAACUAUCAUUGAUAGAUACGUUAGAUUAUGAGGCGACACAAACUUAUGAAGUAACCGUUCUUGCAACUGACGAUGGCGCUACACCGAGAACAGGAACUGCGACCGUAACAAUUAGCGUAACUGAUGCGAACGACGGUGUGCCAGUUUUUAAUCCAGCUGUGUAUACUGCAACAAUAUCGGAGAAUGAUGCGGUCGGAACAACAGUUACAACAGUAACUGCAACUGAUUCAGAUAGUACGCCGUCAUACACCAUCCAGACAGGGAAUGGUGAUGCAGUAUUUCGUAUUGAAUCGUCUGGUGUUGUGGUUAUAGACAGUGUUGUAAACCUCGACUAUGAUUCUGCUACAAAGGCUUACACGUUGGUCGUUACUGCUGAUGAUGGUGUUAACACAGGGACUACGACAGUCGCUGUUGUGGUAACCAACUAUAAUGAUAAUACACCAAGUUACGGAGCUACUACUAGUUCCACUGCUACGUUAGCGGAAGAUUCACCCUCUGGAACCGCCGUUGUUAGUGUAACGGCUACCGACGAUGAUCACGGUGAUGACGGGGUUAUAACAUACUCGAUAACUAGUGGCAAUACAGAUGGGUUAUUUGCGGUUAACCCUUCAACUGGAGCUGUGACUUUGGUUGGUGCGCUUGACAGGGAGUCGACUCAAACAUACACACUGACAAUUACUGCUACCGACGGUGGAACAAAUCCAAAUGCAAAAACGGCUGACUACAUUUUGACUGUUCAAGUUAGUGACGUCAAUGACGUAACGCCGACAUGCACAAGCUCACUGUAUAGUGCUACUGUUGCAGAAAAUGUCGUGACAGGAAGUUCUGUGUCACAGCUGACAUGUUCAGACACAGAUGCUACCUCUCCAAAUAACGCUGUAGCAACCUAUAACAUUAUGUCUGGAAAUACAAACGGUGAUUUAGCUGUGUCUAACUCAGGCGAAGUGACAACAGUAAAUACUCUAAACAGGGAAUCUGUUGCAAGUUACACUUUAGUUAUAGAGGCUAUUGACAGCGGCACAACUCCACUUACGACAACUACCACAUUAAAAGUCACUGUCACAGACAUAAAUGAUAAUACCCCUGCGUUUACCUCGGAUCCCUAUCACAUGACUGCAGCAGAAGACGCGGCAGUUGGCAGCGCAGUGGGCACUGUUGCAGCGAAUGACCCUGACAGUGGAAACUCAGGUACGGUGACGUAUGUUCUGAUAAGCGGCAAUGACGACAAUGUCUUUGAAAUUGACAGUUCAAGCGGUGAAAUAAAAACUAUUGCCACAUUAGACUAUGAAACAACGACGGCAAAUCCAUACGUGCUAGUCAUUGAAGGUAGAGAUAAUGAUGGAGCCACUCCACUUACCGGGAGUACUACUGUAUCACUUACAGUAACAGACGCCAACGACAACACACCAUCGUGCACGCCGGUGUUACAGUCCGUGCAGUUAGGAGAAGACACCGCAGGAUCAUCUAGCGUGGCGUCGUUGACUUGCAUUGAUAGCGAUUCCGGAGUUAACGCGGCGCUAACAUAUUCAAUUGUAUCAGUGAAUGGUGACACGAGUAGUACAUUAUUUGAAGUUGACGCUUCAGGUGCAGUUACAACAGCAGCAGCGACAGCGCUGAACUACGAGGCAACGAGCUUAUACACUAUAUUACUUAGGGUAGAAGAUGGCGGCACGACGUCUUUAUCGUUCACAGCAACGGUGAAACUUGACGUAACAGAUAUUAACGAAGCGGCUCCGAUUUUCCAAAGUACUCCAUAUACAACAAACGUUGCUGAAAGCACACCAGUCGGAACAUUGGUUUACACUGUGACAGCAACCGACGCUGAUGGCACAGAUACCGUUACAUAUGAAAUCAACCCGCCCAACACCUACUUUGAAAUUGAUCCAUCUUCUGGAGAGAUAUAUACCAUUGAUGAAAUUGAUUAUGAUGCACUGUUCCCAGCAACAACUAUAACACUUACAAUAAUAGCAAUAGAUGACGGAAGUCCCUCAACCCAGAGUUCAACAGAAACUGUUACAAUAACCGUCACAGAUGCUAACGACGGAAUACCAACUUUCAACCCUGGUGUCUAUAGCGGGUCAGUAUCAGAGACCUCUCCAACAGAAACAACAAUCACAACUGUUACAGUAACCGACAUAGAUGAUAAUUCAUUUACCUUUAGUUUUACAAGCGGGAAUGAUGACAAUAUAUUCAGAAUAGAUGCCAACGGUGAAAUUGUCGUAGAUGAUGUCACAAGCCUUGAUUAUGACACGGGGUCGAGAAAUUACGUUCUUGUUGCCCAAGCCCUUGAUUCCGGAGGUAAUACUGGAACGGCAACUAUAGCAAUAGAAGUCACAAACAUUAAUGAAGAUACACCGGCACUAACAGCGACUUCAAACACUGUCAGUAUUUCAGAAAACACAGCGGCUGGCACACAGGUUGAUGAUGUAAAUGCCACAGAUGCAGACUAUGGGGCAGAUGGUGAGAUUACAUACAGUAUAUCGAGUAUCACAAACAGCGGCGAUGGAUUAUUUACCAUUGAUCCAACAUCAGGUGUUGUAUCCACAAGCGGGACGCUGGAUAGGGAAACCCAAAGUGUAUAUGAAGUAACGAUUCUGGCAACUGAUGCUGGUACUAAUCCAAGUGCUCUAACUGCAACAUAUUCCCUUACCGUAUCGGUGACAGACGUUAACGACGUCACGCCCACCUGUACUCAGUCAAUUUACCAUACGACGGUUAGUGAGGAUGCGACAUUUACAACGUCUGUCGCCCAGAUCACGUGCUCGGAUUUGGACGCUGAGUCUACAAAUAAUGUUAUAAAUGCAUACACUAUAACUAGCGGAAAUACAGGAGGCGUGUUUACCAUUCUUGGAUCUGGCCAGGUGAACGUUCUUUUAGCUACACUGGACAGAGAGACACUUGAUAAUUACCAGCUAGUGAUAGAAGUAGAUGACAGUGGCACUCCAGCCUUGACCACUACAACAACGCUAACGAUCACUGUACAAGAUGUCAAUGACAAUGACCCUGUGUUUGCCACGGAUCCAUAUAACGCUAACCAAGACGAGGACAUUGCUCUAGGAACAACAGUGACAACUGUAGCAGCUACAGACGAUGAUAUUGGUGAUUAUGGAACAGUUGUCUACAGCAUUACCAGUGGAGAUGUUGACUCAAAGUUCACGAUUGAUAGCACAUCCGGAGACAUAAUUCUAUCUGAUGAUCUUGAUUUUGAGACUGCGACAUCCAAUCCAUACAAUCUCGUGGUAUAUGCAGUGGAUAGUGAUACCUUGGCACCACGAACCGGAUCAACAACUGUAAUAUUCACAAUAAUUGACAAGAAUGACAACACUCCAGCUUGUUCACCUUUACUCAAUUCUGUGACCGCUGCAGAGAACACAGCCUUACCAACAACAUUGGUAACGCUGAAUUGCAAUGACGACGAUUCAACGACAAACGCAGAUUUAUCGUAUACUUUAACAACUGUAAAUGGAGCAAGCUCAACACAGUUUGCUGUCGAUGCAUCCGGUGCCGUCAGAGUAACCAAUGCUUUGGAUUAUGAAACAACACAACAGCACACAAUCCUAAUUGAGGUUUAUGAUGCAGGUACACCAUCACUUACAGUUACAGCUACAGUCAAUUUCGAAGUGACAGACGCGAAUGACAACACUCCAAGCUUUUCGAGUACACCAUACUCAACUAAUGUUAUAGAAAGCACUGCAGUUGGUACCACGGUUUUCCAGGUUACGGCAUCCGAUGCCGAUACGGAUGAUACUAUCACAUUUUCCCUCAACCCCACGAUGACAAAUUUUGACAUAGAUCCAAGCACAGGGGAAAUCAUUUUGAAAGCCAAAGUUGAUUAUGAAUCCGGUUCUAACACGUAUGAAGUCAUAGUAGUUGCAACAGAUGAUGGGACAAAUCCUAGUGCAAACAGUGCAACAGCCACAGUUACAAUCAGUGUAACAAACUUUAACGAUGGAACACCAGAAUUCGAUCCCGGUGUUUAUGCGGUAUCUUUGUCAGAAAAUGAAGCAAAUGCCUACACUGUCCUGGCAGUUACGGUGGUAGAUGCUGAUGAUAGCUCUUCGUUCACUUACAAUAUUGACAGUGGAAAUGGAGAUAACAUAUUUGGUAUUUCUGGAACAACUGGAACUGCUGACAUAACAAUUGUUGAUGACACGAACCUUGAUUACGAAACCACAAAGUCUUAUACUUUAGUAAUCAGCGUUACAGACCCAGGAGCUUUAUCUGGAACGGCGACCGUUGAAAUAGAAAUCACUGGCUAUAACGAGAAUACACCAGUUUUAACAUCAGCGUCUUCUACAGAGACAAUAAAUGAAAAUUCUGCUACUGGAUUUACAGUUACUGAUAUUGAUGCAACAGAUGGCGACGACGGUGAUGAUGGAGUUAUAACAUAUACGAUUGUUUCUGGUGCAAGCGGAAAAUUUGCCAUUGACCCCUCAAGCGGUGUAGUAACUGUAAGUGGGGCACUCGAUAUGGAAGGAACAAAUACAUACACCGUGUUUAUAGAUGCAGCGGACAGCGGAACUACACCAGGUGCUUUGACUUCCACGUAUACAUUAACCGUUUCACUUUCUGAUGUGAAUGAUUUUGAACCAUCUUGCUCAAGUUCCCUCUACAGUGCAAGUUUAGCAGAAGAUUCAGCCAUUGGGAGCACGGUGUUACAACUUACUUGUACAGAUGCUGAUUCAGAUUCGCCAAACAAUGAUAUUUCAACGUAUUCCAUCAGCAGUGGAAAUACAGGUGGUGAGUUCCUGAUUUCAACGACUGGAGAAAUAACAACAACAGUUAAUUUUGACAGAGAAAGUACUGAUAGUUAUCAGCUCGAAAUUGUGGUGUCUGACAGUGGUACCACUCCGUCAGCGUUAUCAACAACAACAACAUUGACCAUUACAAUAACAGAUGUAAAUGAUAAUGAUCCAGUGUUUGCACUUGAUCCAUACAACUUCAACCAGGAUGAGAAUAUAGCUAUAGGGACUGUUGUUGGAACUGUUGCUGCGACUGACAGUGAUAAAGGAUUAGCAGGUUCUGUUUCGUACAGCAUAUUCAGCGGAAAUGGCGACAGCAAGUUUGCAAUGGACAAGUCUACAGGUGACCUUAAGCUUGUCGCAUCGCUGGAUUAUGAAACAACUACCGUUUACACGUUAGUCAUACAUGCAGUAGAUAAGGAAGCAACAUUCCGUACAGGGACUACAACCGUAUCCAUUGCUGUUAACGACAUAAACGAUAAUGAACCAAUUUGUACAGCUGCCCUGUUUACGGGGUCAGUCAACGAAGAUGUAACGAGCGGCACCUCGGUAGCAACAGUAGCUUGCUCUGAUAGUGAUUCCACUGUGGGUAACACACUUACAUAUUCCAUCACCUCUGGGCAUACUGAAUUCGCUGUUGAUCCUAACUCUGGUUUAGUCACAACAAAUGCAAUUUUAGACAUAGAAACUCAAGCAAGUUUUGAUGUUACCGUUCAAGCCACGGAUGGAACAUAUACCACUGAUGUUACUGUCAGAAUUACCCUUGUAGAUGUGAAUGACAAUACACCUGCUUAUAACCCAACUGGACCAUACACCGUUACCAUAAACGAAAAUAUUGUAAUUGGAAGUGUAAUUUAUGAUAUAAACGCAACUGACUCCGAUGUUUCGGAAACUUCCUUCAUAUUUAGUAUAACGGCCGGUAACGGGGAUGGUAAAUUCAAGAUUGGGACGUCAAGUGGUAUUAUUCAAACACAAGCGAGUAUUGACAGAGAUGAUCCAUUGACAGCAUCCUAUACUCUAACCAUCGAAGUUGCAGACGGAAUAACGUCUGCUUUAACAGCAACUACCAGUAUCGUUAUUACAAUAUCCGAUGAGAACGAUAAUUAUCCUAACUGUGAUGCUACGACCUACUCUGUUACAUUCGCAGAAGACACUUCAACCGGAACUACAUUAGUUUCCCCUGUCUGCUCAGAUCUAGACAUCGUUGCAUCACCAACUCUUCAGUAUGGCAUCGCAAGCGGUAAUGGUGAAAACAAGUUCCAGAUAAACACUGGUACAGGGGUUCUCACUCUACAGGCCUUGCUAGAUUACGAGACAACGACAAGCUACACACUGACUGUCGAUGUGGAUGAUCAGGGCGCAACUAAUUUGGUGACGAGCAUAACCAUGUUAAUUUACGUUGAUCCAGUGAAUGAAAACACACCAUCAUUUCAGAGUACACCAUACGAUACAGCUGUAAACGAAGAUGAGAACAGCAGCUACCAGGUUGUCCGCAUUUCAGCCACUGACGCUGAUACUGGAUCGACACAUGGAGAUAUUCGUUACGGAAUCAAAUCUGGAAAUUCCGCAGGUCAUUUUUCAAUCGAUCCGGCGACGGGAUGGAUAGUAAUUGCUGGACAGCUAGAUCGAGAAAACACUGCAUCAUACUCCCUUACCGUUACUGCUAGCGAUAUGCUUAGCGGUGACGCUGAUGAGAGGUCCGCUGAAAACACUUUUGUAAUAACAAUUAAUGACAUAAAUGACAAUUAUCCCGAAAUAAAUCCGUCAUCGUACGCUGUUACUGUUAACGAGAAUGCGGCAACCGGGGCGAGUGUUAUCCAGGUUUUAGCGACAGAUGAUGACGAUGGGACAGCAGGAACAGCUGGUCUUCAGUAUUCUAUCACUGGCGGAAACACAGGAAAUCCAUUUGGGAUCGGCAGUAGUACCGGUUGGAUAACACUUGACGGCAAUGUUGAUGCAAACACACAGUCUAUAUAUAUUCUGACGAUUAAAGUUGAAGAUCAAGGAUCGCCUGUUUUAAGCUCAUUCACUAUCGUCACAAUUCAGGUCGUCGCAGUUAAUGAACAUGCGCCUACUUUUUCAGUAUCAACUGAUACAGUUACACUAUCGGAGACGGAAGCAAUCGGAAACAGUAUUUAUCUAGCCGCAGCUUCAGAUUCUGACACUGGGGACUUUGCAGUUCUACGGUAUUAUAUGAUCUCCGGUAAUACAAACAACGCAUUUUCGGUUGAUUUAUUUGAUGGGACUGUGAGAGUGGCAAAUGCUUUAGAUUACGAAACAGUUAGUCAGUACAUCCUCGUUAUGGAAGUCGAAGAUACAGAACAACAAAACACAGCUGAUACUCAAACAGCAACAAUGACAUUAACAGUGGAUGUGACAGACGAAAAUGACGAAACUCCUACUUUCACACUAAAUACAUAUACUACGAAUCUUGAUGAGAACGUAGUAACGUCGACAUCGACUAUCACAGUUACUGCAACUGAUGAUGACUCUGGCACAAAUGGUGCUGUCACAUAUUCUAUUGAAUCGGGAACUGGGGCAACUCUUUUUGUCAUAGGUAGUUCUUCCGGACUCAUUACGACAAAUGCUGCAAUAGACUAUGAAACUUUAACGUCAUAUGAUUUAGUUGUCAAAGCAGUAGACGGAGGAACCCCCGCCCUAUCAUCUACUUGUUUAGUGAAGAUUACAGUAAUAGAUUUGAACGAUAAUACACCAGAUUUUCAAGCAGACAAUGUCGCUACUUCAGUAUCGGAAUCAACAUCUGUUGGAACAACUGUAGCUACAGCUGCUGCGACGGAUGCCGAUUCUAGCGCAAAUAACAAUAAUGUUAUUGUUUAUUCACUUUCACCGACGUCAAAUAAGUUUGCAAUUGAUAGUGCAAGCGGAGCAAUUACAGUAAUGAAUGCGCUUGAUAGAGAGGAUACCGCCAGUUACACAUUGACAAUAUUGGCUACAGAUCAAGGGACCACACCAUCCCAGAACACCGGUACUGCUUCAUACACUAUUUUGAUUACAGAUGAAAAUGACAAUCCUCCGGUUGUAGCAGGUUCAUAUGACACUAGUAUUCCUGAAGACACCGCCAUUAACUUCAUAGUGUUUACUAUUAUCGUGACGGAUGAUGAUGAAAACGAAAAUAGUGUGUUAACCUUCAGUAUUACCAGCGGUAAUACAGGUAAUGAUUUCCAUAUCGACAGCGGAUCUGGAAUUAUUCAAGUUCAAAAUUCAUUAGAUCGAGAAAGGACGGAUGAGUAUCUUCUAGAAGUAUCAGUAGUUGAUAAUGGCACUCCAGCUCAAAGUGCAACAGUAACAGCUACCGUUACAAUCAGUGAUAUCAAUGAUAAUUAUCCAAUAUUUCAACCUGAUCCAACCACUACCUAUAGUUUCAGUGUGUCUGAGGAAGUACCAGUUGGAACUUAUGUGGACACAGUCAUUGCAACUGAUCUUGAUACUGGAGUUAACGGUGCGGUAACAUAUGUUAUUGCAUAUACUCUUCAAGGUGACAGUUCGAAAUUUACUUUGGAUGCGUCAACAGGAGUAAUUGAAACUGCGGGCAGUCUUGACCGUGAGACACAGGCCGUUUAUGAAUUUAUCGUUCGUGCAUUAGAUGGUGGAACUGACACUUUGGCAUCUAAUGUUACUGUGUUGAUAUCGAUUACCGAUUACAAUGAUAAUAUUCCCUCUUUCAGUCAAACAUUAUACACUGCGACAACAACAGAGAAUCAACCUGCUGGAACCAGCAUUUUAACUGUUGUUAUAUCAGAUUUAGAUGCUGGUGUAAAUGAAGACAUUCUACUGUCUAUCGCUGAUUCCACAGGAGAUUUUUAUAUCAACGCUAGUUCCACAGAUUUUAUUCUCUACGUAAAAUCCCCCAUAGACAGAGAAACCUACCAAAAUAUAAACUUUGUCUUAACCGCGACUGAUCAAGGAACACCACCAUUGUCUUUUACAACUUCUAUAGAAAUCACUAUUGGAGAUGAAAAUGAUAAUCUUCCAGUGUUCUCACCAACGUUUUACAAUUCUGAAAUUGCUUACAACGACAACUGUCAACAGACGGUUACCACAAUUGAAGCGACAGAUAGAGACGAAGGAGUGAAUGCAGAUAUUACCUAUUACGUGACACAAAAUAACAAUCCCCACUUGUUCUCAUUGGGCUCAUCGACAGGUGAUAUCACUUUGAUUGCGAAUGCGGUAGCCGGCGUUGGUUACAAGAUGUAUGCUGCUGCUAGAGACGGUGGUAGUCUCAGUUCAGCAACAGGAGCAACUAUACGAAUAGACACAUAUGAUCCUUCAGCUGUUAUACUUAAUUACUACAUGGACAUUAGUAAGAAUACAUACCUUGGAAUGGAGACAAGUUUCCUUAAUCAGCUAACCACGGUUUACCAACAAACAUACACACAAUCUCUGGCGAAAAGAUGGUGUGUUGCAGAACAAACAGCCUCAUCUUGUAUUGUACGUGUGUAUGUAAUCAGUAAUAACAACGAUACAAAUGAAGAAUCUGAGUUGAAUACAGAUAAAGAAUUCCUAACUAUGAACGAAGCUUAUGCUAUUACUGCUGCUGAUGAUGCCGGUACACCUGCCGGCGUCAUAACAGGAAUUGGUUGGAGCUCAUUUGUUAUAACGAGAGUUGAAAAGUAUACCCCUGAUUCGACGGAGGAGGAUUCAACACCCUGGAUAAAAACAACACCCGGAAUAGUUACAGUGUCUGUGAUUGCCGCUGUCGUAUUCAUACUGCUAGUAAUAGGUGUAGUUUAUUGUUGCUACAAAUGGAGAAAUCCCUCCAGUGGUCGUCCCCAUAGUAAUCGAGUGGAAGUCGGCGACAGCGACGAGGGCGAUAAAGUGGCAAAGAAUCAAUUCCAUUCUAAAAAUAACAUGAUUCACACUGAUAGAGCACCAAAACCGUAUGACAAGCAGAAUCUACCUCCACCUGUAGUUACAUUACCCAUGCCGUCAGCUACAAAGAAAGUACCAUUUCAAGUUGGCAACAAGUCUAUAGAAAGACCUAAAGACGUGAACCUUUUCGAUACUGAUAUGAAUGGUCCAAUGCUGGUUAAAAAACCAGAGAAACUUCGUUCUAGUAGCCCGGUUCAAACAGAAAAUGUUCAAGCACCGCGUCGAUUAGCUCCUGUUCGACCCCCGGCACAGAGGCCUCCACGACCAGAAACCAAUGCCAAGGAUGGGCCAGAUUUACCUACAGAUAAUGCAAACUACAUGGUGAUAAACAGGGUUUUCGAUGGCCGUGCAAUUGAUCCAGGGUCAAACAGAGUGUACGAGUAUAGCACGCAAACAGGUGAACGACGAUGGGUAAAUACGCCAGACGGACAUCAGGUCAAGUUGACCAAGGACAAUUAGUUCAGAUUUAGAUUUAGAGCAAUAUCUUCAUCAGGGUUACGUUCAUUUCCAUGUGACAUUUUCUUCACGUUAUUACUUUUCAUUUCAAAGUAUUUACACAUUGCUUUGGACAUACACAUAGAGGAUAAACGUCGGACAUGGAUUUGCUGGUAUGGGUUAUAUAUUCUGUCAUCAAAUUUUUUAAAUGCCAUCAUUUUACAGUAGCCUUAAUAUGCAAAGUGUAUGGUACAGUCAAGUUUACCUUUCAGACUACGGUUACAAGCAUAUACAUUAAGUUGCACAUAAUAUACGGCAAUAGGUGGAAUUGGUUAGUCUUCGGGUUAAGCGCCUUUUUGGACUGAGACGAAUAAAAAUAAUAUCAAAAGUACGUCAAAACAUUGAUUCGACGCACUUUUUAUUCGAUAUAUUGUAGCCUAUGAAAGAUAGUGAGUUGCAAAACUCAAGGUUUUGGAGAGAACAUAGGACGGAGCUUACGAACCUUUGUUGAACAAAUCCCAGCCCUAAAACAUUCCUCGAAAUACGACGUGCUAAGCGAGGAAGCUGUCUUUAGUUUUAUAAAAUUUAUAGGACAGUCCAUUUUGGAAAAUGAGUUAAAUGGAUAGUGCAUUCAACAUAUAAUAACAAGGUUGACGGAUAUUGUAACAGUGUAAAUUCUGGAUUUUGUAGAUAAAAUCAUACUAUUACCAGAUGCGUAAUCUUUUUCGGAAAGGUGACUUUGAAUCUAACGAUUUUUCAUUUUUUAGCGAAUUCGACUGUGCUUUAUUUCUACUACUUAUUCAUGCAUCAAGCUAUUUUGUAGCUGCGAAUACAAUGUAGAAUUAAAAAGCCUAACCCACCAGUUACAAGGAAAACAACAGAAAAACCCACUAACUAUCUAUAAAGAACAUCCUUUCCUACUAAACAAAAAAGGGCAAUACAACAAUAAACAGCGAAAGAAGGACGAUACUGCAGCUUCGAUUAAACUAUACCUUAUGACUUUGGUAUGUUAAUUAUGGGUCGCUUUCAUUCUGUAGAAUAGUAAUGCUACCUCAUCUAAUGUUUUGACGGAUUCGUUUGACUAUAUCUGUUUUAAAUUAUUUUUGUUAUACUUCCAUAGAACAUUUCUAGAUGAUGUUAAAACAUGAUUAUGUAUAAGUUUUCUGUGUAGUUAGUUGUGAAUGUCAUGUUUCAUCCAGUCUUACGCAAUCAUGUUAAGAAUUUACCUCUUUCAUGUUUAGUUACAUGUUAAAGUGGAAUUUUGCGCAUUUUUAAAGUAAAACUCCAGCUGAAAUAGAUGUGUGUGUAAAAAGGGUGGAAGAAAUUAUAGCUUUUAACCGAGUUUACCAAACUCUCCCCUUUACCAGUACGUAAUGAUAACUUUCCAAAUAUGACUUUUCUUAUUUUGACUAUGCAGUCUUUUUUAGAAAAGGCAAACUGCACGCAGAAGUUUCUUCCCUUCAACUUCAGAAAUCUCUACCUAUAGGUAAGACAGAUCACUGCAUAGAAGAUUGAAGAAAAGAACUAUUAUUUUAUUAGUCCGAUUUCUUUAUUUUUGAGGCAUCAUAAUUGCAACUUCAAAUAUUUAUGCGACAUUAUCGUUAAUUUGGCACAUUUACAUGCACAGCAACCCAAAAUUGCUUUUAUAAAACAUUCACCAAAACCAUUAAUGUGCAAUAAGAUGCGCAUAAUGCCACUUUAAUUAAAAUGUUUAUGCUAUGAAUUUCUUUGUGUAGCUAAACCGUGCUUUUGUUUUAUUAAGUUCAUUUUUUACAGCAUUUCUUUUAUUGUACCCCCCGACAACAAAGUUGUAAGGGGGGGGGGGGUAUACUGGUUUCAGGUUGUCUGUCCGUGCGUCCGUCUGUCCGUCUGUCUGUCCGUAGACACAAUCUUGUGCGCACCAUCUCUCCUCAUCCCCUUGACACAAUUUAAUGAAACUUCACACAAAUGGUCAGUAACAACAGUAGUUGUGCAUGGGGCAUGUUAGGUUCUUUCAGAAAAAAAAUUGCAGAGUUAUGGGACUUUGUUUUUUUGUUACUAUACUAUAUAUAUAAACACAAUCUUGUACACAUCAUCUCUCCUCAUCCCCUUGAUACAAUUUAAUGAAACUUCACACAAGUGAUCAGUAACAACAGUAGUUGUGCAUGGGACAUGUUAGGUUCUGUCAGAAAAAAAAAUUGCAGAGUUACAUGACUUUGUUUUUUGUUACUAUACUAUAUAUAUAGACACUAUCUUGUGCACACCAUCUCUCCUCAUCCCCUUGACACAAUUUAAUGAAACUUCACACAAGUGAUCAGUAACAACAGUAGUUGUGCAUGGGGCAUGUUAGGUUCUUUCAACAACAAAAAUUGCAGAGUUAUGGGACUUUGUUUCUUGUUAAACAUACUCUGUACAUACAAUCUGCAUAUGCAAUCUUGUGCGCGCAUAGUCUUCCGAACCCUUGCACACAAUUUGAUUAAACUUCACACAAGUGAUCAGUACCAACCCUAGUUGUGCAAGGUGCAUGUUACGUUCUUUUAGAUAAAUAUUCUGCGUAGUUAUAGGACUUUGUUCUUUUGUUACUAUACUGUAUACAUACAGUCUAUAUACAUACAGUCCGCAUAAUUAUGCAAUCUUGUGUGCGUCAAAUUGCAAUGUACUGUGUCAGGGCAUGCGAGGGGUACAUUCAUCACCUUUAGUGAUAGCUCUAGUUUAUCCUAUUACAUUGUCUUAGAUCAGACUAAGUUUGUGUUACUUUUAUAUUUUAAGUUCAUUAUGUCGGAAACUGUUAAAUUUAUAUUGCUUCUGUUGAUUCCGUUGACAAGGAAACCCCUGUCUGUCUGGUGUUACCAUCAUUUAGGCAAGACUAUAACAAUUGGAUAUUUUUCGAUUUUUGAAUGAUAAAAGUGUGGAACUCCAAUGUUUUUUUUCUGUAACAUUUUAUACCAAAGGUCGCGCUAACAUCCGCACUGUCGCCAGCUGCGCCGCCAAUUAUAACGCACAUCUUUGAUUCAUUUAUUUGACUUUCACAUUUCAGGGUAACUUUAUAGAAAUAAAUGUAAAUUAUGAAAAUAAGUAUUAAGAAUAUAAAGCACAUUUUGCGUAGCAAUGUUCGUUAAGUAUAUAUAUUUGAUCCUUAAUCCGAAAAGCAAGCAGUGCUUUAAUUUUAACAGACUGGAAUAAUUUUUAUGUUUUUCUAACUUUGUAUCUAUAUUAACAAAAAACUAACAAUUCUAUUUAUCAAAUUGUUUGUUAUCUUAUCAAAUUUCCAAAAAAAAAUUAUUAUCACAGUAAUUGUAGUUUUCGUUAUUAAAACUUUUAAGCCACCGGCCGUUCUUGUACGUGCAGUAGUCACACAUUGUUCAAUUUUUAACCUGUUACAUUUUUUAAAGAAACGAAUCACUAAUACGUGACAACUUUGCUUAUCUUUUAAGUUUUUUUUACUCAUAUUUGUAAGCAUCAUUAUUUGAGUCGCACCAUGAGAAAACCAACAUAGUGCAUUUGUGACCAGCAUGGAUCCAGACCAGCCUGCUCAUCCGCGCAGUCUGGUCAGGAUCCAUGUUGUUCGCUAACGGUUUCUCUAACUGCAAUAGGCUUUGAAAGCGAACAGCAUGGACCCUGACCAGACUGCGCAUCCAUGCUGGUCGCAAAUGCACUAUGUUGGUUUUCUCAUGGUGCGGCUCAUUUUAUCAUAUUGACGGGAGAUACGCAAGGAGCAUGUAAGGAAAACACUUUGAUAUUUAUUGUUAAUUCAUAAAUGUAUUCAUUAUAUAAAUAAGAUCAGGAUAAUAUUUAAAUUAUUUGUUGCUUAAGACUAAUUCACUGCAUUUGAUAUUUUAUUUGUAGACUCAUUGAAUGGGCGAAAGAACAAUUUUUUUGCAGAAUUAUGAUUUCAACAAGACAGAUUUUUCGAAAAAAAAAAGAAGAGACCUAUGACUACUAAACAGGGGCUGCAUGUUUUAUGAGAAUUUUUAAUUUGGAUUAGUCUUGUUAUUUUGAUAAUGUCUGUGAUAAAACACAUGUUGGCUUUGCACAUGUAUGUUAAAACAUUGUGAUAUAUUGCGUUGCUCACUUUUUCAGAAGAUUAUUUAUUUCUAUGACAGAAUUCUUAUUAAAACCAUUAUAGAUUUU